ACAUAUGUAAGGUAAUGUGUAUUUAUUUAUAAAUCUUUCAAUUGUUUUCAAUAUUUUUAUAUUUUGAUGCUUAAAACGAUGGCUGUCAAAGAAAAACAAGGUGAUUCAACUGAAGAAAUUGAUUGGAAUCCAGAAAAUGAACUUCAGUUAUUCUACUCAAUGAAUGGUCACAAACCAGUUGGAGUCAACAAGUACUUUCACAUGGUUUGCAUAUGGGAGAAAUUUCGUGCUGCAGUAAACAAAGAUGUUUCAUUAAAAGCCAUAUGGGAUCAUCUUGAAACAAUGUAUGACCUUGUAGCCUUGGACUGCUUUCAGGAUGACGUUGAGGAUUUGCCAUUUCCAAGUAGUGAGGUUGAUUUUACUCUUCCAGAAUCAGAAUUUAUGGAACUUAUGAAAAAUAGACAAAAAGAAGAUAAUGAUAUUAAACAAAAAGAACAAAAAGAUAAAAUAAAAGAAAUAAAAAAAGAAAAAGAUAUUAAAGAUACACCUAAAAAAGAUAUUAUAACAAGAGAACAAAAAACACCAAAAGAAGCUGAAAAAAAGAAAGAAGAAAUUAAAAAAAUUAUUAAAGAAACAGAUAUUAAAAAAGAAAAACAAAGAGAUGUUAAAGAAAUUAAAAAAGAUACAAAAACAUUAAAAGAAAAAGGAAAAGGAAAAGAAGAUCCUGAAGAAAUCAUUCCAGCUCUAGCAAUAAAAAAAGAACGUAAAGAUUCUGAAACAAGCAGAGAACCUCCAAAAAGAAUACCACCAAAGAGACCAACAAGACAAAGCAUUGAUAAUGCAACAAGAGCAUCAACAAGUCCACGAGAUACACCACCACUUCCAAAACGUCGAAGGCUAUAGAAACAUGAGGAUCUUUAUCAAAAUUGUUUCUUAAAAUUCAUUAAAAAAUCUUAUUAAUUAUUGAUACGUCAAUGAUUUAUCAAAAAAUUUAAAAUAUUUUCUAAUCAAUUCUAGAUAAAACUCAUGUAUUAACUAGUUAAUUUAAACUGCCACUUACUUUAUCGUAAUUAACAAAUUAUAAUUAAUAAUUUUCACUGCAUCUUCAUCAAAAUUUACAGUAUUUUUAUGUAGUGUAAAUAAAAAAAAAAAUAUAUAUUCUCUUUUUAAUUUAAAA